UGACUGUUUAGGAUAUACUCCUAGUCUGUAGUGCGCAUACAAGACGACGACGAUGUGCAAAAAGCUCAAGCCCCUGCUGGCUCGGCAGAGGAGCGGGUGGAAAAUACUCGUACCCAGGAAAGGGAAAGCGAGCCCAUAUGCUACUUCCAUGGGCCGAGCAGCAGCCCACGAUUUUGAUGAGAGAAACAUGAUGGUGAAAUUUAUUUAACAUCUUGACAAUAAAAUGGACAGUGUUUUUUUAACGAAUAGGAGGGGUUUUAGAUCCUUACUGAAAACAAUGAAUAUUGUUGACAACACAAGAUCCCUUCUAAAUCCUCGCAAUUCCCUGCUGAGCACAUGGUUAUCAUCAUCUGCACCAUGUGUUCUAGCCUUGCUCAAGUCCAUCUUAGAUCAUCACAUUUACCCAUCAGGCUAAUAUAUAGGUUUCUGCUCAAUUGACCAAUUUUAGACUUCAUAAGACUGACCAUGUAACCACUGAUCCGGCCUACCUUUAUGGAUCGAAUAAUCAACCAACUAUCAAAUGAUGAGUUUACCCGGCCCUUUCCUCCCGUUCCUUUUUUUUUUGAAAGGCCUUUCGGCGAAACUUUAUUGAUUUAGUAAGGUAGUUGCAUCGUUUACAAGUAGUUGGAUGAUAGAACUAGGAGGAUCAUCAAUCCAAACAAAAGAGCUCUUAUCUACCAAAGCUAACCUUGCUAAUUCAUGCGUCGAGGCCUAAAUUAAACGAGACACAGUGGAGUGUGUGGCCCAAUUAGUCAGCAACUGGGAUCCAUCCGCUCGCUUCCCGGCCCGUCGCGCACGUACGUCCUGAACGACUGGAUCCUCAGGUGAUCCGGUACGUGCGUGCGUUGCGAGUUGCGACGUCCUCCCAGCUCCCGCCCGCCCGAGUCACGUGGCGCCGGACCCGGACGCGCGCGGCCGCCGAUACUCGCCGGCCGGCCGGCCGGCCGACGGACCGAGACCACACGAUAGUUGCGGUUCCCGGAUCGUCCGCGGGAAGAACCGGACGCCUAGUUCAUGGCGGCGGCGACCAGGGUGAUCGGAUCCAAGCCAUCGGACUGCUUCCAGUUCCAAGACCCUAGCACCUGGACUUGCAUAACGGAGCUUGCAAGCGAUGUGGUCGUCCAAGUAGGAGACACGUCCUUCCACCUGCACAAGACUCAGUUGAUCAGCCAUAGCGGCACGCUGAAGAAGCUUGUGAACGAGUCCACCGGCGACGACGACAGCAAACCGUGCACCGUGCGUCUGGACGACGUCCCCGGCGGGGCGGAGGCGUUCCUGCUGGCGGUCAGGUUCUGCUACGACGUCGAGACGGAGCUGAACGCGGGCAACGUCGUGCCGCUGCGGUGCGCGGCGGAGCACCUCGCCAUGACCGAGGACUACGGCGAAGGGAACCUGGUGCAGCAGGCGGAGUCGUUCCUGUCCGAGAUGCUGGCCGGCUGGGACGACACGGUGCGCGCGCUGAACGCGUGCGAUGACGCCGUGCUCCCUGCCGCCGAGGACCUGCUCAUCGUGCCUCGGUGCAUCGACUCGCUGGCGGACAAGGCCUGCGCCGACCCGACGCUCACCGGAUGGCCGAUGCUGCAGUAUUUCACGGCGAAGAGCCUGGAGGAGACGGCGAUAUGGGACGGCAUCGGCGCCGCCGGGAGGCCGCCGUCGCCGGGCCCGGACUGGUGGUACGAGCAGGCGUCCUCGUUCGGCCUUCCCGUCUACAAGCGGCUCAUCGCGGCGGUGCGGUCAAGGGGCAUGAGCCCCGAGAACGUCGCCGGCUCGCUGAUGCACUACGCCAGGCGCCACCUCUCCGGGGUCAGGCGGCGAGGAGACAACAGCGACGGCAGCAGCCGCGGCAGAGCCGGAGCGUCGGGGACCGCGGCCGUGUUCUCGGCCGGCGAUCAGAGGACCCUCCUGGAGGAGAUUGUCGCGCUGCUCCCUGUCGAGAAGAGCGUCACCCCGACGCGGUUCCUGCUCGGUCUGCUCCGCGUCGCGACGGUCCUGCACGCCGCCGCGGCGUGCCGGGACGCGCUGGAGAGGAGGGCUGGCAACCAGCUCGAGGAGGCCGCGCUGGAGGACCUGCUGAUACCCAACACCGGAUACUCAGCGGAGACGCUGUACGACGUGGACAGCGUGCAGCGGAUGCUGGAGCAGUUCAUGGUGACGACCCCGCCUGCGUUCGCCGCGUCGCCGGAGACCACGGACGAGGGACAGCUGGUCGACGCUCCGCCGGCCGAGCUCAGGCCUGUCUGCUCGGUGGCCAAGCUAGUCGACGGGUACCUCGCGGAGGUCGGGACGGACGCCAACCUCAAGCCCUCCAAGUUCCAGACCAUCGCCGCGCUCGUCCCAGACUACGCCCGGGCAAUCGACGACGGCCUCUACCGCGCCAUUGACAUCUACCUCAAGGCACACCCGUGGCUGACGGACUCGGAGCGGGAGCAGCUGUGCCGGCUGAUGAACUGCCAGAAGCUGUCGCUGGAGGCGUGCACGCACGCGGCGCAGAACGAGCGGCUGCCGCUGCGGGUAGUAGUGCAGGUGCUCUUCUUCGAGCAGCUGCGGCUGCGCACCACGGUGUCCGGGUGGUUCUUCGCGUCGGACAACGCCGACCAGGGCUCCAGCUCCGACAACUGCGUGCUGCAACGGAGGAGGUCCGACAACGACCUGGACUUCGUCGCGGCCGGGUCACUGUCCGAGGUGACGACGGAAGAGGACGGCUUCGCGGCGGCCAGGCACGACGAGCCGUCGUCGCCUGCGAUGAGCGUGGCGGAGAUCCACCGCCCGGGGAAGGGGAAGCCUAAGACUAAGAGCGCCCUGAGCCGGCUGUUAGGGAGGCUCGGGCUCUGCGGGAGGUCGUCGUCGUCGCGGCAGCAGCUGCAGCCGCCGCCGCUGCCGGGCGCCAGCGGCAAGAGGCGCAAGUCCUUCGAUUUCGGGUGUUAAUAAGUUGAUAAGGGAAGGUUUAGGCGUGCGUUAAUUAAUUUGUUUGAGAUGUAGCAGUACUAUCUGAUGAUGAUAUUACUCAUAGGUACAAAGCUCAUUGGUUCAUUC